UAUCCACCAACUUGUAUGACUACUGGUUAUGGUUAUUGGGCUGCUGGUGGACAACGUGGUGAUUUAACUUUACGUGAUCUCAAUAGUGAUUAUCAAGUGAGUAUUGCUACUUCACCAAGUUGUACUAUCAACAAUGGUCUUUGUUUUACGAAAUUUGGUGAAGAUAUUCGACUGUUAGUUGCUAACAAUGAUGCUACCAUUCGCGUAUUUUCCGCUCCUUUACUUCAACUUUUAGAAACCAUUGAUUUUCGUACGGCUGUCAAUCACUCUUCUGUUAGUCCUGAUGGAUCAAUGAUGGUCUCCGUGGGUGAUGAUAAUAAUAUUCAUCUUUUCAAAGUAAACUCAAAUGGACAUUAUGAAUUAACAUCAACUAUGGCAGUAUCUCGUGACGCCAAUUUUUCUAUUUCUUGGAAUCAUUCUUCAGAUAAAUUUGCAGUAGCAAGUCAGGAUGGUACAGUUCAUGUAUGGGAUAUUCGAAGUCAAUUACCUUUAUGCAAAUUUGGUGGUGAACAUACAACUAUUACAAAGAAUGCUGCAAGAUGUGUCAAGUUUACACAAACUGGAGCUGUGGAUCUAUUAGCUUACUCGGAGCAUGUAUCUCAUGUGAGUAUAAUCGACGCAAGAACUUUCAAUUCUCAACAAACACUUCGGGUAGGCCCUGCUGGUCAAGACACACCUAUUACUGGUCUCUCUUUUUCUCCUGAUAGUCAUAGUAUGUUUGUUGGUCUCGAAAAUGCUAUACUGGAAUAUGAAAUAGAUACUGGUACAAGACGACGAUUCCCAGGAGGCUCUUUAUUAUAAGCCGUAUUCAUUUAUUUAUAGUGUAGUUGAUUUCAUUCGUUUAGUAUUAUUACAAUGUAUAUUUCUUAUUUAUCGAAUUUUUUUUUUUGUGUAUAUAUAAUUAUUAGUGAAUAAAAGGAAAAAAGAUGGG